GGACCAGCUGACACGGUCACAAGAAGAAGCUAUCCACCAUAAAAGCCAAAUCCCAAGCUGCUGCUCCUCCAAAUCUGCAAGAAAACCCACCGCCACCAUUGCAGGAACCUCAAAAAGAUCAAGUCUUUCGCCAUUCCAUCAUCCUGGUGAUCGAAAUGGAGCUCCCAAUCCUGCUUUAAUCAGAGCCAACAGGCCUCCCAAAAUAGGGCUCGAAAAGGGGGAAACAAGGAGACCUUCCAUUUUUAGCCGUUGCUGCAGCUUGUCGUCGCUGAUGCUGCUCCCAAUCUGAGCGGCCGUCGGUGUUGCCUUCGCCUCUCGGGUUCUUGCAGCUGCAGGUUUCCCAACCCUUUAUCCACAGGAGCAGCACCGGCCGAUCCGCUCGUCUUCUUCGUUCUUGAGCGAGGAAUCAGCUUAAGUAAGAAAGAUCCGUGAGGGUUCUUGCUGUCGGCAGGGGUCAAUGAUUAGGAAGGAAACCGAGAACGGAGAAACACCAAGAAAUAGAGGAAUGGAGAUUUCGGAGUAGAUUGAUAGAUUAGGAAAUAGAUUUUUCUGAGGAAAAAUAUUAGCGGGUAGAUUGGUGAGGAAGAACAUGUUUGGGACCCAGACCAGGGAUGUGGAAGGUGAUUUCAACCCGAGGAGGAGGACAUUGUGGAACACCCCUACCGCAUCGAUGCCCACCACCACCCACACCAUCAGGUACAACACAGCCAAGAAGGGCCUGUUCAACGCGCACCACUUGUCGGUGAAGUUCGAGGACCUUUACGGAUUCAUGGUGGAGGGCAAUGUGGACGAUGUCAAUGUGCUGAACGAGGUGAGGGAGAGGAUCAGGGGUCAAGGGAGGGUGUGGUGGGCGCUGGAGGCGAGCAAGGGGGCAAACUGGUACCUCCAGCCGAAGAUAUCCUCCAAUGCAGGUGAGGGGGUAAUCAGCGUGACAUCGCUCAAGCUGUCGGUGCUCACGAAUACGAUUACGCUGAGAAGGUUGAUCAGGAAGGGUGUGCCGCCGGUGCUGAGACCAAAGGUGUGGCUGUCUGUGUCUGGGGCAGCCAAGAAGCGGUCAACAGUGCCGGAGACGUACUACGAUGAGCUGAUCCGGGCAACAGAGGGGAAGUCCACGCCAGCCACAAGGCAAAUCGACCAUGAUCUUCCUCGCACUUUCCCUUGCCAUCCUUGGUUGAACAGUGAGGAAGGCCAGGCAUCUCUUCGACGAGUACUUGUGGGGUAUUCGUUCCGUGAUUCAGAAGUUGGAUAUUGCCAGGGUCUAAAUUAUGUAGCUGCGCUCUUGUUGCUCGUGAUGAAGACAGAGGAAGAUGCAUUUUGGAUGCUCUCUGUACUCCUGGAAAAUGUACUUGUCAGCGAUUGCUAUACUGACACUCUUUCCGGAUGCCAUGUUGAGCAGAGGGUGUUCAAAGAUCUCCUAGCUAAGAAAUGCCCAAGGAUUGCUGCUCAUCUUGAAGCAAUGGGCUUUGAUGUUUCACUUGUUGCUACAGAAUGGUUCUUGUGCCUCUUCUCAAAGAGCUUGCCGUCAGAGACAACCCUUCGGGUGUGGGAUGUUUUAUUCAAUGAAGGAGCAAAGGUUUUGUUCCAUGUUGCUCUGGCAAUUUUCAAGAUGCGAGAAGAUGAUCUACUAUGCAUCCAACAUAUCGGUGAUGUGAUUGAUAUUUUGCAAACAACCACUCAUCAUAUAUAUGACCCUGAUGAACUCCUCACGUUCGCAUUUGAUAAGAUUGGUUCAAUGACGGCAAACACGAUCACAAAGGAAAGGAAGAAACAGGAGACAGUUGUCAUGGCUGAGCUUGAUCAAAGAAUCAGACGGCUGAGUUCACUCAAGAUGGAUGGAUAGUGUUCAAAAUAUGAGCUGGAAAGUUGUAGUCUUGUAGGUUUGAAAAGGUGAAUGACACAGCGAGUCGACACCUUGUCAGAUAGCGCUUCAAUGAGCGAAAAUCAUGGACUACCAGAAGAUGCGGGAAGAUUCGAAAGUGCAUUGUGGGUUUGUUUUUGACUUCAGACUUCAAGAUACGGCCAUGGUUUCUCUUAUGGUUGAAAUUUGUAUAGAUUUGAUUUUGAAGUCUUUUUUGGCAAUGAGGCCAAACAAGGGUGUGCUUUUGAAGGGUGCUUGCUGCAUUUCCUUUUCUUGUAAAUUACUACAGAGAUGAAAUGGAGCUCAUAAAGUCCCGUUUUCACUUGAUACCAACAGAUAA